CAGAUUAUAUGGGUAGAACAUGCUGACUACGAUGAGAGCGUGGUUCAUCGUCUCUAUCGGCCUUUGAUUAAUUCGGGCAUGGGAUUUGGCGCGCAGAGGUGGGUAGCAACCCUUCAACGACAAUGCGAAUGUCUUGCCAUUCUUAUGUCCUCCACUGUCUCCAGCCGAGAUCAUACAGCAAUAACUCCAAGUGGGAGGAGAAGCAUGUUGAAGCUCGCCCAGCGCAUGACUGAUAACUUUUGUGCUGGCGUUUGCGCUUCAACAGUUCACGAAUGGAACAAAUUCUCCGCCGGAAAUGUCGAUGAAGAUGUCCGGGUCAUGACUCGGAAAAGCGCUGACGAUCCGGGCGAGCCACCUGGUAUUGUUCUUAGUGCCUCUACUUCGGUUUGGCUGCCCGUUUCCCCUCACAGACUGUUUGAUUUCCUCCGUGACGAACGACUCCGGAGCGAGUGGGACAUAUUAUCCAAUGGUGGCCCCAUGCAAGAAAUGGCACACAUUGCCAAAGGCCAAGAUCAUGGCAACUGUGUUUCCCUCCUCCGUGCAAGUGCCAUGAAUUCGAACCAGAGGAGCAUGCUCAUACUCCAGGAGACGUGCAUCGAUGCAGCGGGAUCGCUCGUGGUUUACGCACCGGUCGACAUUCCUGCAAUGCACGUGGUGAUGAACGGUGGGGAUUCGGCUUAUGUUGCGUUACUUCCUUCGGGAUUUGCGAUCAUGCCUGAUGGGCCGGGGUCUCGUGGACCGGCAAUGGAUGGGGUUUCGGGGCAGAGGGCAAGUGGGUCAUUGUUGACCGUGGCAUUUCAAAUUUUGGUUAAUAGUCUGCCUGCGGCCAAGCUCACGGUAGAGUCGGUUGAGACCGUCAAUAAUCUCAUCUCGUGCACCGUGCAGAAAAUUAAGGCUGCCCUUAAUUGUGAAAGUUGAUAAACAAAAAUUUAUAUGUAUUGUGUGUCGGUGUUUGGAUCCAUGUUCGUUAUCGUAUAGCUAAACAUGGGAUCGUGUGAAUGAGUUUGCUCGAGGUGCAGGGCACUCAAUUUAGGGGGUGAGUCAAGAACGAACCACACUUAAAACAACCCUUGCGAGAUGAUGUGCUGCCUCAGUGUUAGCGGGGGGACAGUGGUGCCGGUUGCGAGGGUGGUGGUUCGGGUAUUGACUCAGGAACACCCUUGAGUUGACUCAAGUGGGUAAACAAACAUUUAUGUAUGGUUUUGAAGUCUAAUCUACUCUUAACUUAGACCUUUUGAAAUUAAUUUACAAGUGUGUUGCCUUUGACCUGUUGAA